GCGAAACAAAAUUAUGAACUACUUCACUGUCAUGAAGAAGGAUAAGAAUGCUCCGCAAGAUGGAGAUGAAGAUUCUGGAAAACCCAAGAAGAAAGGAUCGCAUGAUCGCCAGUUGAUUUUAUCAGAAAUGGAUGACUGGAUCUCUGAUGAUGAAUCUGGAGAUGAUGAACGGGAGGAGGAAGAAGACAGUGAAGAUGACAAGAAGAAAAAGAAGAAAUAUAAGGUGCAGUCGAAAGGCAGAAAACCGCAGGGUGGCAAGAAAAGUAAAACAAUGGAUGGAGACAGCGAUGAGGACUGCAUAGAAGAGAGUGAUGAAUUCGAUGAUGGUGCUGAGCACGAUUACAUCUCGAGUGAUUCAUCAGAUUCAGAUGCCGAGGACGAUGAAAUUGUCAGAAAGGAAUUGGCAGGUGUUGAUGAAGCUGACGCACUAAGGAAGCUUCUUAAUUCAGAUGAAGAGGAAGAGGAGGAAGAAAAAGAAAAAGAGGAGGAGGGCAAGGAAGAAAAGAAUGAAAAUGAGGAGAAAGAACCCAAGGACAAGAAGAAGAAGAAGAAAAAGAAGAAGGACAGGAAGUCAGACAAAGAAGACUCAGAUGGGAAGACUUCAGAUGCAAGUGAUGAUGAAGGCGAUAGCAAGAAAAAGAAAAAGAAGGACUCCAAAGCUAAUGGAGUUGGUGAGUCUGAUGCACAAGAGGGUGGCAGCAGCAAGAGAAAGAUGAAAGAUGGACCUGACAGUGAGGCUAAGAAAAUGCGCACAGAUGUCGUGGGUUCACAGAUGUCUACACCUGGAAGUGAUAGCGGAGUGACAGAAGAAGCCAUCCGAAGAUACCUGAUGCGCAAGCCAAUGACCACGACGGAACUUCUGCAGAAGUUCAAGUUGAAGAAGACAGGUCUUAACUCAGACCAGUUAGUUCACUCCAUUGCUCAGAUCCUGAAGAGAGUGAACCCUGUAAAACAAAUGGUUAAAGGAAAAAUGUAUUUAUCUAUUAAAAUGUAGUUACUGAAUACAUACGUAUAUCUACUUUAUAAUGAUACUUUUUUGCUAGGUACAAAGUUAAACUUGUUAGCUGUGAAAUGUGUGUAAUGUACAUGAAAUUUAGGUUGGUGUGAGCAUUAUGAUCCUUGGAGCACUUUGGAUAUACUCAUAGGCUGGAAAUAUGUGCUCAUUCCAUUAAUGCUGUAUUGGUAGUGAGAGGUGUAUGUAUGUAUGAUGAAAUCACACUUCAUAGAACAUUUCUCAUCACAUCUGAACGUUUUUAAUCUUUAUGAACAUGAUGCUUUUUGAGGGUUGAACUGAGCUUAUUUUAAUCCAGUGUUGGUUGGGUUUUGUCCUUUCAACAUAAGCUUUUGUGAUGUAGUCAGAGAACUCUUGUAAUUAGUAACAAUCUUUACCUCUUUUUGUUCAUCAUUAUCAAUGAAGGGUCUCAUGUAUGUAUCUCAUUCUUAAAUGCAUAGUAGAUAUCAUUUCUUCAUAAGUAUUCACACAGGUACUUAUAUAUAUUUCAAGAAGCCCCAGAAUUACAGUUGGCUCAUUUGCUGUGGAAUUGCAUGCGAUAAGCAAAAACAAAUGAGGUUUUUAUAAGUGAUAGAGAUAUGAUGCAUAAAUACUUGAACAUAAAAAUUGUUGUAACUCAAUAGUACAAGGAAAUUAUGUUCUCAUUUUAAAAAGAUCAUAUGCCUUGUGGACAUAACAAAACUUGUAGUAGUUCUAAGGCAAUGAAUAUAUUAUUCAGCACUGUUUUAUGAAAGAAAAUUGUCUGUAGUAAAUACAGCAGUUAGUCCAAAUACUUGUAUUUAUUUAAAAGGCAAUUUUAAGGUUUUAUUUCUAUAUUUAAAUUCUCUCCAUAGAGUCCUUGUAAAUCGGUUUUUUUUGUUAUGCGAACUGUAUAUAUUUCAGUAAGAUAUCUGUUUUAAGUGAAAAUUGCAACAGUAAUGUGGCAGAGGUAAGGGAUUCAUGUUCUGUAUCAUUCAUCAGGAACACAGGAUAGAACUUCCUUUUUUUUUUUAGAUGAGGAUUUUUUAGUGUAGUAAUAUUCAGAACAACACUAGAAGGGAGGGAGGUUAUAGCGAACGUUUUGGGUUGGAAAACCAUGUUCCUUCUUUUAUGUAGCUACUUUUUAAUUCAUCGUGGUAAUAAAUGCACUUUCCUUUAUCUAUGUUUGAAAGGAAAAUUAGGAAAUAUUUAUCAGAUGAUUAAGAGUUUUUUAGUGAAGUUUUUCUCCAUUUCAUGAAGACACUUUAGGCUUGAAGUAAUCUAGCUGUUGAGAGUGUAUUGUGAUAUUUUCAAUUUUAGUUCAUUUCUGCCACAAUGAUCAUCAUUAUCAUCAUUUAAUCAUUAUUAUGAGUGCAGGUUUGGGCUGUCUGAGUGGUGGUCUGAUAUAUAUAAGCCUAUUUUGGAAUCUCUGGCUUUUGGCUCCCAGUGACUGUGUGCAUGUUUGAAAACCAUACAGCCAGAUCAACAUAUUUGGCCCAAUUGGUUGUGAGUUUUUGUAUGUGAGAUUGUAGUGUGUGGGAUUCUGCAUCAUUCUUGUCCUUGGCCUUCAGCCUAAAUUGUAUUUACAAUUUUUGCAUCAUUCUUUGGAGGUGUCCUUGUGAUUUUAUGGAUCUAUAACCAUUUUGUAUGAGAGAAAUAUAGAUCAGUUAUUUUG